AUGGAAACUAGAGCGUGUUUCUCAUCUCCCAGGACCAAGGAGCCCGCCUCAGUGUACAGGACCAGUAACCAAGCUUACGGGAGCAGAGCCCCCAGUGUUCAUGAGAUGCCGAAGGUAUUCUAUCCAAAUUCGAGUAAAUUUUCCAGACAACUCGCAGCUGGAGGAAUGUUCCAGAACAAUACUUUCAACGUCCACGUGGAGAAGAGCAUGGUGACAGGUCCCGACAACUACAUCACCCGCUAUGACCGACGUGACUUCCACCCCAGUUACAAUGUCCACAAGCCGUCCAUCUGCGACUGAGGCCCUCCAGGGUAUCCUGACUCCAGCAGCCGACCCACCCAGCGGAGCGGGAGCUGCUGUCGCCCUUUGUCCUCGGGAAUGUGCCCAGUUGUAAAGGCAGAGACCUCACGGCUCUAUCUGAAAAUGUUUUCCUCUCUAGAUUAAAAAAAAAAAUAUUGAAGCAAGGUUGGCAAGGGAAUGAUUUGUACCCGGGAGUUCUCUACUUGGUGUUCACUUACAAUGUUCAAUAAAAAGGUUAAAAA